AUGCAGUGGUUCAACAUGGUCCAAGUGCUCGCUCUGGUGCUCGUCGCGACAACGAGUGGCAUCGCCGCGUCGAACAGCAGCGGCCUCUCGACAAGUGCCACUGCUGCUGCGUGGUGCAAUCGACGGCCACAACGGCGUUCACGGCGAGACGCCGACUGGAGCGACUGCAGCCACUGGCGACCGAUUGAAGGCGUCGCCCGCCGCGAAACACGAGGACGGCGACGGGACGACGACGAGGAAGUGCAGUCCGAGCCAAAGUACAAUGCCGACGGCACGGUCGUCGUCUCCAAGUACUACAAAAACGGCGUCAAGCAGAGACUCGCGCACUGGUGGAACAGCCUCGUGAGUCAAAGACCGGCGCGCCGCCUGCGGGAGGCGUAG